AUGUCCGCCCAGGUUCACGUGGACGAUGCCGUGGCAGAAGAGGAACGUGGCGAGAAAGUAGUUCUCACAGAAAUGAUCCUAGUGCCUGUCGACCGUUAUCCCAGAUACAAUUUCGUCGGUCGCAUCCUGGGCCCUCGCGGCAUGACAGCAAAGCAGCUGGAGGAAGACACAGGAUGCAAGAUCAUGGUGCGCGGUCGUGGUUCCAGCCGCAUGAGCGGCACCAGGCGUGAGCGCAGCAAUGACACGGAACCUCUUCAUGUGCUGAUUCAAUGCGAAGACUAUGAGAAGAAGGCUCACCAGAAGAUGAGAAAUGCGGUCGAAGCGAUCAAUCAGCUCCUUCACCCUCCCCCAGAAGGUAAAGAUGAAUUGAAGCGUAAGCAGCUCAUUGAACUCUCUAUCAUCAACGGAACAUAUCGCCCAACCUCUGCCACCAAAGUCGCUCUUCAGGCUCCACGUCCGGCGUCAGCGGCUCAUCUCCCAUCCAUGAUGGAAAACUCGACCUAUACAGAACAAGCCCGCGCUUGCUUUCCCAAUUCGCUGAAGCUGCCAAGCACGGUAAAACGAAGUGGUUGUUCCAGUGAAAUCGAAGAACAGUACGCGGCGCUCGCGCAGAUGCUUGGGACCCUCAAUCCUGUACAAGCAAGCAACGUCAACUGCAAUUACUAUGACUACUACAAAAAUCUCCUCUCGUGCACACUAGCUGAUCCAGGAUUUCUAUCCACCCUGAUGCAAUCACUCGAUCUCUAUGGUAUGGGCAAUCGCCCAGCAAUGCAUCCCGGUGGUCAGCAUCAUCAAUCACAUGCUGGGCCAGUCAGUGUCCUCUCCUGGCCAGAUUCCUCAAGCCAAUCUUCACCAGUAUCUCACAGCAGCUGCAAUGCUCAACUCUGCUCCGUUCUCGAACGACGGCUCCGGAGACGGGCCCAAGAACAAAAUUCGCAACUCAGCCUAGAGGAGGCCUAA